AGACUACCGUCGACUUCCCCACCUACCGUCCGGCUCAUAAGAAGGCACCCAGCCUCUACAGCGAGUCCACUGUCGACAUCCAAGAAAACGAACUUUCUCUAGUCAAAGUUUCCAACAACAACAACACAUCUUCCAAAAUGGGCUACUACGACGACGACGCUCACGGCCACGUUGAGGCUGAUGCUCAGCCCCGUGCCACCACCGGCACUGGCACCGGCUCUGCUUCCCAGACUGUCACCAUUCCCUGCCACCACAUCCGCCUCGGCGAUAUCCUCAUCCUCCAGGGCCGCCCUUGCCAGGUCAUCCGCAUCUCCACCUCCGCUGCCACUGGCCAGCACCGUUACCUCGGUGUCGACCUCUUCACCAAGCAGCUCCAUGAGGAGUCCAGCUUCGUCUCCAACCCUGCCCCCAGCGUCGUCGUCCAGACCAUGCUCGGCCCCGUCUUCAAGCAGUACCGCGUUCUCGACAUGCAGGAUGGCUCCAUCGUCGCCAUGACCGAGACUGGCGAUGUCAAGCAGAACCUCCCCGUCAUUGACCAGAGCUCUCUCUGGAACCGUCUCCAGAAGGCUUUCGAGUCUGGCCGCGGCUCCGUCCGUGUCCUCGUCGUCUCCGACCACGGUCGCGAGAUGGCCGUCGACAUGAAGGUCGUCCACGGUUCCCGCCUCUAAAUCGGGGGUUCCGUCAUCCGUUCAAUAAUAUGACUUUCCCCCUUCCUGGAAUCGGACACACGACACACGGUUGGGUUAAUAAGGGCUGCUUGGAUGUUAUGAUAUGGUCUCUCUGAUACUGGGUCUGAUUUUUUGCGCGCGUCUAGAAGAUGGGUUGGAUAAUUUGUACUGGUAGUAUGCUCCCUCCCCAUCCAUGUAUAUGAAAAGUGUAAUGGAAGGAGUCGUCAGUAAUACAACCUUAAAAAAACCCGCUCCGUCUUGUUCCAAUUGAUUG